AUGGUUGCAGUCUCCUUUUUGAAGCGAAAGCAACGGCAGAAGUACUGGACCUGCCUGAGGCUUUUGAAGGUAUGUCAGCAAGUCUAUGGCGACGCUUUGCAGAGGUUGCAGCCUCAAGGAGGACAGAGCUUCUGGUCAUUGUCAACGCGAUACAUCCCCCGUGUGGCUGCCGCCAUGCCGCACUUGCCGUCCUCGCGCUUGUCCUCUUGCAUUCGUUUGGUUCUCCGUCACAAGCGAUACAACUCCGUCGACAUGGUACUGCAGCUAGCUGCUGAACGUGGCGUUGUACCGGAGAUGGUAGCUCUGGUUGAGGUUUUUGAAAGCGUUUACGACAUCGAUGGGGACGCCGCUCAGUUGGAGCGUGUGGUUCGAAGUGCGCGGAGUUUGUUUGCCGAGUGCGCUCCAGCUGUGUUUCGUGCCUUUGCGGAGCGUACGGCGGGGUGA